AUGGUUUGGGGUUGCAUGGCAGCCAAUGCGGUCGGGAAUAUUUAUGUCAUAGACGGCAAUAUGGACAAAUUUAUGUACCUUCAAAUUCUAAAGGACAAUUUACGUGCCAGUGCCAGAAAUUUGGGUCUUGAAGGGAAUUUCCAGUUUUACCAAGAUAACGACCCCAAACACAAAUCGUUUCUCAUUCGCGAAUGGAUGCUCUACAAUUGUCCUAAGGUUAUCGAAACUCCACCACAAUCACCAGAUCUGAAUGUUCUCGAGCAUUUGUGGGACUUUCUAGACGAUCGAAUCAGGCAUUCCUAUAGAUUCAUUCUUAGCUUCAUUAUGGCUCUUGCGCCUAAAAGCGAAGUGUGGAAGUUUUAUGUAAGAAUAAACGACAAAAUAGCAAAAUGCAAUGUUUGCAUAAAUAAUAUAAAAACAAGCGGAAAUACCACCAAUUUAAGAUGCCAUAUAAAAACAAAACAUAAAAACAUUUUCGAAGAACACUUUAAUCGCUCAAAUCAAAAUAACACACGAGUAGCUUCAAGUUUAGAAACACCAAGUGAAGCAGCAAUUGAAAUUGGAAAUAAAUCCACGAGUUCGACUUCCACAUCCCUAACCGCUUCUUCCUCAAGAGCAAGCACGUUAAGCCCAAGUCCUUCGAUUGCCAGUACCAGCUCGGGGUCCACGUGUAUUUCUGUUAGUAAUUAUAAGCAGUAUGGUUCCCUAAACCAAAGCUUCGCCAACAUCAGUUCGUUUCGAGAAGGAGGAAAUAAAAACUCCAAAAUAACUGAUGGGAUUCUGUUUAUGAUUUGUCGCGAUAGCGAACCAAUAUCGGUCGUCGAAAAUGAGGGCUUCCAAUAUCUUAUGAAAUUAGUUGCUCCCUUAUAUAAAAUUCCAUCGAGAAGGACUUUCGACGAAUUACUCGAUAAGAAAUACGAAUUUGUUUCCAAUAUGUUAAAAGAAAAAUUGUCAGGUAUACAAUACAUUUGCUUGACAACCGAUGUGUGGACAGAAACACAUCAAACAAGAAGUUUUCUAGGAGUAACAGCCCAUUAUGUUUCAAAUGAUACUGACGACCUAAAACUUCAGGGUGUCACACUAGGGGUUUAUGAAUUAGAAGAAAGGCACACAGGAGAAAAUUUAGCACAAAAACUGAAGGAAAUAUGCACCAAGUGGAACAUCAAAGAUGAUGUCGUUAUUGCUGUCGUUACUGAUGGAGGGAGUAAUAUGAUUAAGGCUGUAGAAUUGGCUUUCGACAAGAAAAGGCACACCUAUUGCUUUGCCCACCUACUAAAUCUUCUGGCUCAAAAGUCCAUUGAAUCUCUCCCUCAGCUAAAAAGUUUACUGGAACAAGUGAAGACUAUAGUCAGCUGGUUUAGAAGCAGUGUAAUUGGAAGCGAUGAGCUUAGAAAGAGGACUGUCAAUUCUACUGAAAAGACUUUAAUUCAAUCGGUUUCCACAAGAUGGAAUUCCACGUAUUAUAUGGUGGAACGUUUUCGGGAAAUCGUAAGCAGUAUUAUAAACUUUAAUACAACAGCUCCACCAAUGAUAACAGCGAAGGAUGUAGUAUUCCUUCAGGAUUUUGUAUUACUUUUUAAGCCAAUCGAAGUUGCUACUAAAGAAGCAUGUGGUGAGAAAUUCGUUACGUCGAGUAUGAUCAUUCCGAUCCUUUUUGCAACAGCAACAAUAUUAGAUCCUCGCUUCAAAAAUUUGCAUUUCGACGAUAAAGCGGCAUUAGGCAGUGUUAUACGGAAGCUAUCAAAUGAAUUGAGAAAAGAAUUAAUCGAGUCAGAAUCCGAUAGCGAUGCACCUUCUCAUUCUUCUGGGUCCAAAGCUUAUGGGACGAUCAUCAUAAAAUGGUUCAGGAAGCUUGGAAAUCUCGAAAAAAAAUCCAGAAUAGUCGAGGAACUAGAUACACCGAAUUCGAUACCAGCCGAAUUUUCAGUUUAUUUGAAACAGCCUGUAGUACGACUUAAAGACUCUCCGUUCGAGGUAUGGACUGAAAUCGUUCACAAGGACUCAUCGUUACUGAAAAUGGUCAAAAAAUAUUUAUGCGUUAUGGCAACAUCUGUUCCGUCUGAACGCGUUUUUUCAGCGAGUGGAAAUAUUGCAAACUGCAAGAGAAGCUGCCUCUUGGGAGAAAAACUACAUAAGCUACUUUUCCUCAAAAGUGUAGAUAAAACAUUUUGGGGUCAUAAUUGA